ACCGCCCUGUGGAUUUUCUCAUUGUCACUUCGCUCUCGAAUCUCGAAGAAGUUGCUGGGUUCAGUACCAAAUCCGGAAACAUGAAGACCGUGUUAAUUUUCGUGGCUGUGUUGGCUUCCACCCUCGCUUAUCCUGCUUAUCCUAGCAACCCUGACGAUGAUGGAGUACAAGUUCUGGAUGUUGUACAAGUUCCGCUAGCAAGGAAUGCUAGAGAGGCAAAUCCAGAGCCAGUCCAUUUUGGUCAUUUCGGUGGAUUUGGUAGAUUUGGUGGAAUUGGCAGAUUCGGUGGUUUCGGUGGCUUUCGUCCUUAUGGCUACGGGGGCGGAAGCUCCGCUCAUGCCGGCUCUAUUAGCUCCCCAUUCGGUAGCGCAUCUUUCGCGAGCGCAAAGGCUGGGGGUUACGGAUAUGGGAGAUGAGGAGCUCCUUCUUUUGAAGACUAAUGUUGGACAACGACCUAGCCUGUACUGCUCAAUUUUAUGAUACUUCCUUGUUUGUUUAAGUGUAUUUUAUAAAAUAAACUUUUGUAUAUUAAACUUGAUUAGACUUUCUUCUUUUAAUAGACAUAAAACCAAACUACACCAAA